AUGGACGUCCUCAAAGCAGUCCAGACAUACCUGGCAAAGAUGAUCUCCGAAGUCUCAGGCAUGAAGGUUCUUCUGCUGGACUCGCACACCACCCCUAUCGUAUCUCUCGUGAUGACCCAGAGUGAUCUCCUGUCACAUGAGAUUUAUCUCACAGACCGGAUAGAUAAUAUCGCUCGCGAACCUCUGAACCACUUAUCUUGUAUCGCUUUCUUGUCGUCUUCUCAGGCCACAGUAGACUGGGUCAAGAAGGAGCUCGCUGAUCCGCGCUACGGAGGAUACUGGCUGUACUUCUCCAACACUCUCAGCAAGACCCAAAUUGAGGAGAUGGCCACGGUCGACGAGUUUGAAAGCGUCAAAGAGGUUCAGGAAUUCUUUGCGGAUUAUCUCGCACAUUACCCAUCCUUAUUCACCCUCACCUCAGCUGCCUUGGCCGACGGAGGCGAAGGUCCGUCUAACCCCCCUAUAUAUCUGCCUCCUCCCAUUCUUGCCCCUCCCCCAGUCAUCUCUAAUCAUCUCCAAUCGAUACUUGCCGUCUUGUUGAGCUUGAAAAAACGACCUGUGAUACGCUGGGAGAAGAUGUCCCAGAUCGGCAGGAAGCUGGCUGGAGAGGUACAGGCAGCCAUUCAGCAACCCCCUUAUCGUGAUCUGUUUGACUUUAGACCAACGGCCGGUCCUGCUCCGCUACUCCUCAUACUAGACCGUCGGAACGACCCUGUCACCCCUUUACUCAGUCAGUGGACAUAUCAAGCCAUGGUACAUGAACUGUGUGGAAUCACCAAUGGACGUGUCAAAAUAGAGCAGGAACAAAAGCUAGAGCUGAGGGACAUCGUUCUCUCCACCUCAUCUGAUUCCUUCUUCUCCCAACAUCUCUUCGCCAAUUUCGGAGAUCUCGGUGCAGCGAUCGCAGCCUAUGUGAAAGACUAUCAAGCUCGGAACUCGUCGAUUGGCCCCGCAUCCACUUCUCGGAUAGAAACAAUUGCAGAUAUGAAGCGGUUCGUCGAAGAAUAUCCGGAAUUCAAGCGUUUGGGUGGCAACGUUACGAAGCAUGUGACACUCGUUGGAGAGCUCAGUCGCUUGGUUGAGAGGGACGAUCUACUGGCCGUUUCAGAGGUAGAACAGAGUCUAGCGAGUCAGGAGAGUCAUCAGGCGGACGUCAAGAGCGUGCUCACUCUGAUAUCUUCGAGCAAGGUCCCGGCUGGCAACAAGCUCCGACUGGCCAUUCUUUAUGCGUUACGAUACCAGAAAUAUCCCUCCAAUCAGAUCUCUCAGGUCAUCGAUGCUCUCAUCGUCAAUGGCGUCUCGGCAGAUCGAGCCAGGCUGGUCUAUGUCAUGCUCAACUUUGCAGGGGCAGACGUGAGGCAAGACGACUUGUUUAUGAACGAGAAUUUCUUCUCAAGAGGGAAGAGCGCAUUCAAGGGUCUGAAGGGCGUUGAGAAUGUGUACACACAACACAAUCCCCAUUUGUCGCAAACUCUGGAUCUGCUGUUGAAAGGUAGAUUAAGAGAAACGAGCUAUCCAUUCCUCGAAGGGGAUGAGAAUGCGCGUUCACAAAGACCUCAAGACAUCAUCGUUUUCAUGGUCGGCGGGACGACGUAUGAGGAAAGUCGCGCCGUGGCGUUAUUAAACCAGAGGCUUGCCAGUGAUCCGGCUGGCCCACCGGGAGGCACAAGGAUCCUACUGGGAGGCUCCACAGUGCACAACUCCGCAAGCUUCUUGUGCAUGGUCGAAGCUGCGGCUGAGCAUUUCCCUCCCUCAAUCUACGGUCCACCGAUCAAUAGCUCUCCGGUUCCGCCUCCACCUCAUGCUACGUCCUCUUCCGCACCGCAGUCAGGCUUCAAUGUUCGUGCAGGGGGUUAUGAGCUAUCAGUAGGAGGAGCAGCAGGCUCAGGCCUUUACCGAGCCAAUCCCAAUGAAGUCGGAGCUUCAUUUCAAGUCCCACCGCAAGCUGCUCAAGUCGCCGAAGGUAUCAGAGACGGAGCAGGAAGAUUAUGGGAUAAUGUAAGGCAAAAGUAUGAGGAGAGAGUCAGUCGGUCUACCACGCCACAGGGUGGUGGACGGUGA